AUGGAUGUGAUAAAAGAAAAUUGCAAAAGAGACGAGAAGAGUUGGUACAUGAAAAAACCUGAAAAUCCUACAAUUUCUGAAGUCAUUAAUUCUGAUGGAAACAAUAACCAACAAGAACGAGCUGAUGAAGUGGAUCCAGAGAAUAAAGUGGACAAUUUGGAUGAAGUGGUUCAAGUGGAUGAGAAUGAAUUUGAGAAUAAACAACAAGAACAAGCUGAAGUUGUCUUUGAAAAGAAGAAAACAACUAGUGUGUACAAUGAUUGGAGAAAUCUUUCGAAGCGACUCGAAGAACAUGAAGGCAGCCAUGACCACAUUAUUUGUAUGACUCGUUGGACUGAGUUAGAGUCUAGACUACAGAACAAAACAACGAUUGAUAAGUAUGUCCAACAAGAAAUAAACAAAGAAAAGAUUCAUUGGAGGGAAGUACUAGUGAGGAUCAUUGCAUUAGUGAAGACUCUCGCUAAAAAUAACUUAGCAUUUAGAGGAGAAAAUAAAAAGAUUGGUGAAGACAGAAAUGGGAAUUUUUUGAGUUUUAUUGAGAUGAUUGCAGAGUUUGAUGUAGUGAUGAGAGAGCAUAUCAGAAAAAUUGGUGCAGGUGAGAUAUAUUCUCAUUAUCUAAGUCCCAAGAUUCAAAAUGAGUUGAUAAGUAUGCUGGCCCAAGAGAUUAGACUUAUGAUCAUGAAGACGAUUCGUGCUUCAAAGUACUUCUCCAUAAUUCUUGAUUGUACUCCAGAUAUUAGUCAUAAAGAACAGAUGACUAUUCUCAUUCGAUGUGUGGAUAUUUCUUCAACACCAAUUAAGGUUGAAGAAUUCUUUUUGAAAUUUUUGGAAGUCAAUGAUAAAACAGGUGAAGGGCUGUUCUCUACGAUUCAAGAAGUACUAAUUGAUAUGGAGUUAGAGAUUGAUGAUGUGAGAGGACAUGGGUGGGAUAUAUUUAAAGAGAUGGUAAAAGGUUUAACACUUAAAUCCUUAUCUCAAACUCGUUGGGAGAGUCAUCUCGAAAGUGUCAAAGCAAUACGGUUUCAGACUCCUGAAAUCAGAGAUGCUUUACUUUACUUGGCAGAAAAGACCGACGAUCCAAAAACACGAAAGGCUAUGGAUAUAGAAGCUGAAUUUCCUGUGAAAAAGAAGAAGAUCAUUAGAAGAAAGAAGCAUUUUGAUCAUGGGAAUAUGAAAUUGUCAACAGAGGAGGAUUUCAGAAUUAAUUACUUCCUUACACUCAUAGAUCAAGCUCUAAUUUCUCUUGAGUCAAGGUUUGAGCAAUUCCAAAGGUAUGAACAAACUUUUGGAUUUUUGUUUGAUUUACAAAAAUUGACAUAUGCAAAUGAUGAAAACUUGAUGGCAUCAUGUGUGAAUCUUGAAUCAUCCCUUAAGCAUGGUGAGCAUUCUGAUAUAGAUGGGGCUGACUUGUUUAUGGAACUAAAAGUUCUACGAGAAGUGCUACCAAAUGAAGUUACGAAACCUAUUAAAGUGUUGGAUUUUUUGAAAAGAGUGGAGGGUUGUUAUCCUAACACAUGGAUUUCGUUUCGGAUAUUAUUGACUAUUCUAGUGUCAGUUGCUUCAGCCGAAAGAAGUUUUUCUAAGCUUAAGUUGAUCAAGAAUUAUUUGAGGUCCACCAUGUCACAGGAUAGGCUCAAUGGGUUAGCCAUAUUAUCAAUUGAGAGAGCAAUGCUUGAAAAGAUUGAUUAUGCGACUGUGAUGGAUGACUUUGCAGGGAAAAAUGCAAGCAGGAUCAUAUUUACUCAGUAG